AAUAUAGUGCACUUUGAUUUGAAGAGUGACAAUUUACUUGUCAAUCUUCGAGAUCCCAUCGCCCGAUAUGCAAGGUUGGUGAUUUGGGCCUUUCCAAGGUGAAAUGUCAAACUCUGAUCUCAGGUGGUGUCCGUGGAACCCUUCCGUGGAUGGCUCCAGAACUUCUGAAUGGAAGCAGCGGUCUUGUCUCAGAAAAGGUGGCAUUGUAAGUAAUACACUAAGGCCACCGGUUCCAGAAUGCUGUGACCCGGAAUGGAGAUCAUUGAUGGAGAGAUGCUGGUCACCCGAGCCAUCAGACAGACCGAACUUCACCAAGAUAGCAAAUGAGUUACGCUCAAUUGCAGCAAAGUUCAACCAAAGGGACAAAUCCCACAAAAAUAAGCAGAAAGCUCCAGCCUCGGGCUUCAAAUAUGAUUUUGGACAAUCUGCUCAUUGUUGAAAUCCCUUGUUUCCUUUGCAUUUGCUGGCAGUUGGAGGAAUAAUAGGUGGUCGUAAAUGUGCUGCUGUUUGGCAUGAACGUACACAGCACGGGAAGAGGAAUGGAACUAAGUUUGUUAUUAUUAUUUAAUUAUUUUACU